AUGCAAGUCCUCCUCCUGCUCGUGGCUGUAGGGCUUUGCUGGGGGCAGUACACCCCCAAUACGCUCCCUGGGAGGACAUCUAUUGUGCACCUCUUUGAAUGGCGCUGGGCAGAUAUUGCUCUGGAGUGCGAGCGGUAUUUAGCUCCUAAUGGUUUUGGAGGAGUUCAGGUUUCACCUCCAAAUGAAAAUAUUGUCGUUACUAACCCAAACAGACCUUGGUGGGAAAGAUACCAGCCUGUGAGUUACAAGAUCUGCACUCGGUCAGGAAAUGAAGAUGAAUUCAGAGACAUGGUGACCAGGUGCAACAAUGUUGGAGUUCGUAUUUAUGUGGAUGCUGUUGUCAACCACAUGUGUAGUAGUGCAGGUGGUGCAGGCACACAUUCUACCUGUGGAAGCUAUUUUAAUGCUGGGAACAGAGAUUUUCCGGCUGUGCCAUACUCUGGCUGGGAUUUCAAUGAUGGCAAAUGUCGAACUGGAAGUGGAGAUAUUGAGAAUUAUGGUGAUAUCUAUCAGGUGCGGGACUGCCGCUUGGUUAGCCUGCUGGACCUGGCCCUGGAGAAGGACUACGUGCGCUCCAAGGUUGCCGAGUACAUGAACCACCUCAUUGAUAUUGGCGUAGCAGGCUUCCGGAUUGAUGCUGCAAAGCACAUGUGGCCUGGGGACAUAAGAGCAUUUCUGGACAAGCUGAAUGAUCUAAACACUAAAUGGUUUUCUCCAGGAACAAAACCUUUCAUUUACCAGGAGGUGAUUGACUUGGGUGGAGAGCCCAUCAAAGGCAGUGACUACUUUGGGAACGGUCGGGUGACAGAAUUCAAAUACGGUGCAAAGCUGGGGACGGUGAUCCGCAAGUGGAACGGAGAGAAGAUGGCCUACUUAAAGAACUGGGGAGAAGGCUGGGGCUUCGUACCUUCUGACAGAGCCCUGGUCUUUGUGGAUAACCACGACAACCAGCGAGGGCAUGGGGCUGGUGGAGCUUCCAUUCUAACCUUCUGGGAUUCCAGGCUUUACAAGAUGGCAGUUGGUUUCAUGCUUGCCCACCCUUACGGGGUCACACGUGUGAUGUCAAGCUUCCGCUGGCCCAGAUAUUUCGUAGACGGCCGGGAUAUCAAUGACUGGGUUGGGCCCCCAAGCAAUGCGGAUGGCUCCAUCAAGCCUGUUACAAUCAAUGCAGACACUACCUGUGGCAAUGACUGGGUGUGCGAACAUCGCUGGCGACAAAUCAGGAACAUGGUUAUCUUCCGUAAUGUGGUGGAUGGUGAACCUUUCUCGAACUGGUGGGACAAUGGCAGCAAUCAAGUAGCUUUUGGCCGUGGGAACAAAGGCUUCAUCGUUUUUAAUAAUGAUGACUGGUACAUGAAUGUCUAUUUGCAAACUGGACUACCUGCUGGGACAUAUUGUGAUAUUAUUUCUGGACAAAAGGAGGGUGACAAAUGUACUGGGAAAGUCCUGUAUGUGUCUGGUGAUGGAAUGGCCAGUUUCCAGAUUAGUAACACUGAUGAAGAUCCAUUCAUUGCGAUUCAUGUGGAUGCCAAGUUGUAACUCACUUGAAAAGAU